AGCAAGCAAGUGCUCGUCCAAUCACUCUGUGUUCGGGUUGAAAUGAGGAAGAUGAGUUUCCAAGUGCUCAUAACUUUUAUAGUUUUGUUAGUGCCUUCACUCUCUUAUUCCCAAUCUUUUGGGAACAUCUUACUCACUCAUCGUAAGAUAUUCCCAAAACAAGAAGCUAUUACCUCUUACGCUGUCAUAUUUGAUGCUGGUAGCACUGGAAGCCGAGUUCAUGUCUUCCAUUUUGACCAGAACUUAGAUCUCCUUCACAUUGGCAACGACCUUGAGUACUAUAAUAAGAUCACACCCGGUUUGAGUGCAUACGCGGACAAUCCACAACAAGCCGCAGCAUCUCUGAUUCCACUCUUAGAGGAAGCUGAAGAUGUAGUUCCUGAGACGCUGCACCCCAAGACACCCCUUAAGCUUGGGGCAACUGCAGGUUUAAGGCUUUUGGAUGGGGAUGCUUCUGAAAAGAUACUGGAAGCGGUUAGGGAAAUGUUCAAGAACAGAAGUUCCCUAAAUGUCCAAUCUGAUGCAGUAUCUAUUAUUGAUGGAACUCAAGAAGGUUCUUAUCUAUGGGUGGCAGUUAAUUAUCUAUUGGGGAAGUUGGGAAAGAAGUUUACAAAGACAAUAGGAGUAAUUGAUCUUGGAGGUGGAUCAGUUCAAAUGGCAUAUGCUGUCUCCAGAUUCACAGCUAAAAAUGCUCCCAAACCACCUCAAGGAGAGGAACCUUACACAAAGAAGAUUGUACUCAAGGGAAAGAAAUACGACCUCUACGUUCACAGUUAUUUGCACUUCGGUAGAGAAGCUUCCCGUGCCGAGAUUUUGAAAGUCACUGGCGGUUCUGCUAACCCAUGCCUUUUAGCUGGAUUUGAUGGGACGUACACGUAUUCUGGAGAGGAGUAUGAGGCCUACGCUCCCACUACUGGUUCCAACUAUGAUGAAUGCAGAGAUAUAAUUCUGAAGGCUCUCAAAGUGGAUGCGCCAUGCGCUAAUCCAAAUUGCACUUUUGGUGGGAUUUGGGAUGGUGGAAAGGGAAGUGGACAGAGAACCAUUUAUGCAACCUCAUCUUUCUAUUAUCUCACUUCAGAGGUUGGUAUCGCGGAUCCAAAUAAACCAAGCUCCAAAAUUCAUCCAGUGGAUUUAGAAAAUGGAGCUAAGAAAGCUUGCGCAUUAACAUUUGAGGAAGCAAAGUCCACUUAUCCACUUCUUGCAGAAGGGAGACUUCCAUAUGUAUGCAUGGACCUUACAUACCAGUAUGCAUUGCUUGUUGAUGGAUUUGGCCUAGAUCCAUUGCAAGAGAUUACAGUGGCAAUUCAAAUUGAAUAUCAAAAUUCCUUGGUGGAAACAGCAUGGCCUCUGGGCACUGCCAUUGAAGCCAUAUCAUCCUUGCCUAAAUUUGAGCGAUUAAUGUAUUUUAUUUGAGCUUCUAGAGAACUUGGGACAUUUUAGCGUUGAUGGCUACUUUUGCCGAAAAGUAAAAUAAAUUUUAUCCCUUUCU